AUGCCUCUCCCAGCCCGAUAUGGUCGCUGGGGAAUCCUGGCCCCGGUGGUCCUAAUCCUCCUCAUAAUACACUUCAUUCGCGCAGACCUAGGAUCACAUACCACGCAGGACGUGAAAGAAUCAGCCCCAGGGAUCAAGAUCGAAAGCAAACCCGAAAGCGAAACAACCACAACUACAACCUUGAACUCAACCUCUACCUCCUCCUCGCCCUCCGCAACAGACCAUGUCCCAAGUACAUGUCCACCACUACCAGGAAUGGAGAAAGUCCUAGUAGUAAUCAAAACCGGCAUCACAGAAGCGCAAGACAAAGUCCCCGUCCAUCUGCGUACAACACUCCGCUGCAUUCCGCACAAAAUCAUAGUCUCAGACUACGAAGAAGAAAUAGCCGGCGUGCGCACGUACGACGUCUUCGCCAACGUCUCCGAAUCGCUCAAACAAUCCAACAUCGACUUCGCACUCUACAACCGGGCACGCACCGGAGGCCGCACAGCGCUGACCUCGGAAGACCAAACAAAAGUAGCCAACGGCCCCUCCGGCAUGAGCGAGAAUCCAGGCUGGAAGCUAGACAAGUGGAAAUUCCUACCGAUGAUCCACACCGCACGCCACGCGCGCCCCGAUGCAGCCUGGUAUGUCUUCCUCGAAGCGGAUACGUAUCCCAUCUGGCCGAAUCUGCUCGCCUGGCUGGGCCGGUUUGAUCCAGCCGACAAAUUCUAUCUAGGGAAUCAGAUGCAGAUUGGGCCGAAUCUGUUCGCGCACGGUGGGUCGGGCUUUGUGCUUUCCCAUGCGGCUAUUCAUGCCGCGGCGGAUUAUCAUACGGCUCAUGUUGGCGAGUGGGAUGAGACGACUGAUCGCGAGUGGGCCGGUGAUUGUGUGCUGGGCAUGUUGCUGGAGAAGGUUGGUGUUGGGCUGACUUGGUCUUGGCCGAGGGUUACGACUCAGUCGGUUUGGGAGCAGGAUAUGCUUCGGGAUGGGUUUGGAGUGAGGCCUUGGUGUCAUGCGCCUUUCACGUUCCAUCAUAUGACUCCGGCGGAUGUGGAUCGGUUUUGGGAGUUUGAGCAGAUGUGGUUUGCUGAGUCGAAUUCGACGCAAUUGACUUACGCGGAGAUCUUCCGCAAUCUCAUUCGUCCAACCUUGGCAGAUCACCUGGAUAAUUGGGAUAACUUUGCCCCGGAUGGUGAUCAAAAGGAGGAUUACAAGGGUCCCAAGACUCCCGCUUCCCUCCCUGACUGUGCCGACUACUGCGCAGCAGACCCGGAAUGUAUCCAGUACCGCCUCACAGCCGAAUCUCGUUGUACAACAUCCAGGGCUGUCCUGCGCGGCAAGCCUGCACCCGGCACAAAGUCAGGGACAAUGUUGUGGCGAGUAGAUGCUGCGGUGAAGCGGAUAGGACAAUGUUUGGAGAUACUAUAA